AUGGAAGAAGCUUCAACCGCUGACAGUCACAGUGACCAUCACGCCACCGCACAUGAUGCUGCGACGGCUGUGUCUGUCCGACCAUAUCGUUCGCACAAGGUGCCAGCGUGUGACCGAUGUCGGGCUAGGAAACUUCGCUGCACUGUCGACAUCAAAGACAAGCCGUGCCUGCUGUGUCGCCUUCACAGCGCAGAAUGCGUUCGUCGUGGAUCUUCUGCCCAUCAACAGUCCGUCGGGGGCACGGGUGACGGUGUCGGACAGCAGCAGUUGAACUAUGGCAAAAGGGCGACAGGACCCGCCAGCUCUGGCAACCGACGGAGAAGCGGUUCCAGAUCGCCCAAGCGCCGUCGCACCAACGCUGAUGACCUUGCCUACCACCACCGGCGCUCCUCAGCCCCAGCCACCCGACAUGACAGUCCCGUAGAUGACACGGCGCCGCAUGACCGGCCGUUUGCCAUGGUCGGCCCAGAGUCGGCCGAGGAUUUGCAUGUCAUUGAGCAGUACAUUUCCGUACAGCAGAGGACCGCGACGGGAUCUGGGAGCGGCACUCCGGGCGAGACCUCCAACGGUGAGGCCACGAGCAACCGCAAGAGGCUGUUCAACCUCGUGUCGAGGGAUCCGAGCAAUCCAGUCGUGUCGCUCAACGUGCCUCGUUAUCGCGCCGGCUAUGUCGUUGCGCGGGUGCCCGGUAAGACACAGCUAGAAAUCCUUGAGCAGAUCCUUGGCCCUCUAAAGGAUGAACUUAUUGAGGUAUAUUUUCGUAAAAACCACCCAGCCUUCCCAAUACUGGAUGAAACCGCGUUCCUGGCUGCAAAAGAGCGUGAUAGCAUGCAGAUGAUCUCGCCUACGUUGCUCUGCUAUGUAUAUGCCACGUCCCUCAUCUUCUGGCGCUCAUCUCCCAUAUUGCGCAAACAUCCCCGACCCGAUAUCACCUACGCCUUGAAUCAAUCCGUUUCCGCGCUGCAAGAGGACUUCCAUGCUGCUAGCCUAUCCACCGUGUAUGCUGCACUGCUAGACUUGAACGGUAGGCCAACCACUGCAGUCACCUAUAACACAAUGCUGAACGGGCGGGUCGUCGCCAUGGCCCAUCUCCUGGGCUUGAACCGGGACCCCGAACGCUGGGAUCUCAGCGACCAAGACAAGAAGCUGCGCGCCAGGCUUUGGUGGGGCGUUCUCAUCCAUGACAGGUGGUCUUCGUUUGCCUAUGGCGUACCUCCCAGCAUUGCCCAAAGCCAGUACGAUGUACCAUUGCCUGACAAGGCUGUCUUGUCCACCCCAGGUGUCGGCCCAGAUAGGGAGCGCGAUCGGGCGGCCGAAGGAUUCAUAGCCCUCUGCGGCCUUACCGAGAUUCUCGGUGACAUAUUACCUUUGCUGCAUGAUUUGCGACGGAAGACUGGAAAUACGUCUAGGAGGAGGAGGGACCUUGAGAGCGAUCUUGAGGAAUGGGAAUCAAAUCUCCCCGAGUUCCUGAAAGAGGGAGGGAAAAAAGCUGGUGGAAACGGGAAGUCACCUGUCUCGGGCUCGAGCAGCUUAUGGCUAGGUUAUCUUGCGGUCAAGAUGCUGCUGUGUCGAAUCAACCUUCGAGAAGCAUCACGGUCAAGUCAGUCGAUCGAGUCGGAAGAGAAGAACUACCAUCUUUCCAAACUAAGAAGAGUUGCUGAAGCAACGGUGGAUUUUGUCUGCUCUCUAAGUGAGGAAAACCUUCUCUCUGAGUUUUGGUGGCCUUAUACGGCUUAUCACCUCUCAUCAGUCACGUUCCUUCUCUUACGAUGCGCAAUCGAGUCUACCGAUCCAGGUGCUUCCGCAUCAUGUCGGUCAUAUGUUGAACGGCUGCGAGCUCGCCUCUACGAAGCCCGUGAGCAAUCCGGCUGGGAUUUGGGCGACAUCUGUCUUGCCCAGUCCGAGGAAUCGGUAACAAAAGUCGUUACCGCUAGCCACACUGGUACAGAGGCAGUCGGCGGGAGUGUCAUGGGGAUCGAGCUUCCUACCUCGACUGUACUCCCGAUCCCAGACGCAGACGGGGAGAUAAUGUUCCAAGGCGAUGGGGUGACUGGCCAGGUGGGCAUGUUUCCGCAUCAGAACAGCUACAACACCAUCGACCCGUUAGGAUAUCCAUGGGCGGACUUGUGGGACAUGUUCAACGCUGAUGGAAGUGUCAUAAACUGA